AUGCAGAGCCCCAGCAGAUUGUCACUAGUUUCAACUUCAGUUACCCCUGUUGUGCCUCGAUUACAAGGUUGGGCCGAUCUUCCGGAUGGCCCGCUUCACUCCAUUGUUGCUCUGUUGGGAUCCUCCAUUGACUUGCUUGCCUUUGCUGCGACAUGCCACUCUUGGCGUGCAGCAUUUUCUUCCUACCGAUCUGCAUCUAACUUGUGCACAUUAAUCCCACCUCUUCUCAUCCGACCUGGUGGCCCUAACCAGGAUUCUUCUCUUCCUUGCAUUUUUUCUGAAAAACGUUCUUCUGUUCCGGAGAAUUCUCGUUACAUGCUACGCACACGUAAGGUAAUUGAUAUGGCUAACAAUAAUAGAGCCCUUAGCUGCCAUUUUCCUCAAGAAAUUUUUGAGAACACGCACUUUGCUGGUUCAUCACAUGGCCAUCUCAUCUGCUGCUACCGUGGAGAUUGUAUGGUUAUCGAUGUGUUUACAGGGGCCGUGGUUUCUCCUCCACGUCUUCCUUUUAGCGAUGGCUACUAUGGUGGCACUCUCACAGCUCCGCUUACAUCUCCCAACUCACAUCUCCUUGUAAGCACUCAAUCCUCCCUGUUUGAUUGGCCCGUUGGAAGUGACUCUUGGCAAGAACUCCAGCUUCCUCAUGGAUGGAUAUAUCAGAUCGUGCAGUUGAACGGCCAGUUCAUUGCCAUGGAUUACGACACGAGGAUCUAUACUCUGCGGUUGGCCCCUCGGUUAGGCCUACAGGAGAUAUCUACCGAGUGGUGCAGCGAGAUAGAGCUAGAAUCUUAUGUGCGGCCAUGGCUUGUGGUCUGCGGCAACGAUCUCCUCAUGGUCGACCACUUCGUGCAGCUAUCGCCCGAAGAGCCUGUGUGCCACCGCCUCGACAUGUCGACUGAGCCUGCGACGUGGGUGAAGGUGAAGACGUUGGACAACUGGGCGAUCUUCGUGGGUGGAGACGAGCGGAGCCCUCCGUUUGCUUGUGUGCGCCCCGAGCGGUGGAGAGGGACGUGCAACAGCUUGUACUACGCCCAUCACUCCGAUCCUUGGAGCGUGCACGGGCUGCGGGGUCAUGUGGAUCUUGAUCUAGGGACCGGCCAUUCCCACUUCAACUUGCGUAAGAGAUUUGUGCCCACAGCAAUGGCCAUCUGGGUGUACCCGAGCAUGUUUUACUCUGAUGGACGGUGA